GUUUGAUAAAUAAUCAAGACGAUCGCCAGGUAUAAGUAUCCAAUACAGUGUCCAAUAUUUGCGCAUACCAAGCGGGAAACAUAUAUCCUAGAUUUCAGAGACCAUGACUCUUCCUUCCAUUCUUAUCGUCGGCGCCACUGGUAAUACCGGUCGAGCAGUCACUCAAACGUUGCCAAAGCUGCUUCAAUCAAGCAGCACUUUACUCGGGAAUCGCAUUAUUGCUCUGACUCGUUCCUCCAAUAGUCCAGUUGCACAAAAACUCGCCAAGCUGCCCGGGGUCGAGGUUAUUGAGCAAAACUGGGUUGAUAUUACUGCUGACUGGCUCCGGGAGCACCACGUUGCCAGAGCCUUUAUUGCAUCUCAUAAUGGGCCUAACCAAUUUGCCGAGGAGUCAACUUUCUAUCUCAAUGCCCUCGAUGCUGGCGUCAAGUAUGUUGUGCGUAUCUCGACUACGGCUGCGAAUGUGCGGCCAGACUGCCCUGCCUACUAUGCACGCCAACACUGGGCCAUCGAGUCUCUCCUGGGCUCACCGGAGUUUAGCAACUUGCAAUGGACGUCUCUUCAGCCCAACGUCUUCUCGCCACUUAUCAUGGCCCCUGCUGCGGAGUUUAUUAAAGGGUAUCGCAAGACUGGAAAGCAGAGCAUCCUUCGUCUGUUGCUGUCAGAGGAUGCAUCUGUUGGAACAAUCGACCCUGACGAAGUUGGUGUUAUUGCAGCUCAUCUCUUGUCUCAAGAUGACACUUCAGUGCACAACCAGGCUAAAUACGUUCUUAAUGGACCCGAGGAUAUAAAUGGAAAGCAGAUUGUCGACAUGGUUGAGCAAUACAUUGGUGCGCCCGUCAAAGACGUUAGUUACAAAGACGUCUCUUUCAUCGACAUGCUGUAUGAGGACCAAUAUGCGGCUACCAAGCAAUCGAAGAACGUCAUCUACUCAAUCAAGCGGGCCCCAGAGACAGCGUGGGAAGGAAAGUGCUCGAUUUCUACAACCAGCAAGGAGAUUCUGAAGCUUGCUGCUCCCAAACGGACACCUGCUGAUAGCCUGAAGACUCUAUUAGAAGAAUGAAGGGACCAGAAGUUGGAAAAGCAGCGGUUCUAGGGAUCGAAACGGAUAUAUCGCACCAGGAGUAUAUCGAAGAAUUCAAUCCCCAAUCUAUUGAGUCUAUCUGAUCCAUAGCCGAAUCAAUCCAUAGCCGCA